AUUUAUAGUUUUAAUUGUUCCUUGUCCAUUCCUGUAGAGUGACCGAUGUCUAAACUGUCGAUUGUCUAUUGUCCAUCUCUAGGUGCGUCCACUGUCCAUUAUCCCUCAGCGGAUUGUAGAAACUCGACGCGCGAGUUUAUUUUCUGGUUGCGUUGAGGUCUCCCAGCUCAGUUUAUCUGUGUGGGUAUCCGGCGCACCAACCCCUUCCUGCUCCGCACACCAGGGCUUCCGAGUUCUUGGAUCUGUAGACAGGGUUUCCGUCAGAGUAUCUCUAGUCAAGUGUGAUCAUGGGCUUAGAAAGAGUGAUAUUCUUGUUUGUUUGUGUACAUAAUGUACUACCUCUUCCACAGUCAAACAGUAUAGAUUUUAGUGAGGAUAGACAAACUGAAGUGGAUAAUUAUGCCCGAGUUGUUCAAGAAUAUUGUAAAAACCGACCAUCUAAUGAAUACUUCAGACUAACAGCAGAAUCAAACUGCAGAGAUGUGGUCCGGUGUGUUGCCAAUGAUUUUGUCGGCGGGCAUUCACUAGCUGCGGUGAGAUGUCCAACCGGACUAUUUUUCGACCUGGAGGGCCAGGUCUGCGACUGGGCAGCCAAAGUUGACAACUGUGAUCAGCUGACUAAACCCCGGCUAUCUCGACCCAUCCUUGUGACCGAUGAGCCGCUAUGCCCUGACGGUCAGCUAAUGUGUGGAGAUCAGGAGUGUAUUGAUAAAGUCCUUUUUUGCGAUGGAAAUCCGGACUGCAAGGAUGGUUCAGAUGAGGUAGCUUGUGGUGUAGAUGAGGACCCUAAUGCUGCUCCUAAAUGUAACACUAAUGAAUGCUUCCUACCUGAAUGUUACUGCUCUGCAGACGGAACACUUAUACCAAAUGGUUUGGAGAAGGAAAAUGUCCCUCAGAUGAUCACCAUCACCUUCAACGGCGCCAUUAACAACAAUAAUAUUCCCAUCUAUCAGGAGAUAUUCAAAGAGGGGAGAUUAAACCCUAAUGGAUGCACGGCGAAGGGAACCUUCUUUGUAUCCCACAAGUACACCAACUAUUCUGCAGUCCAGGAGCUACAUCGAGUUGGGCAUGAGAUUGGAGUCUUCUCAAUCACUAACAAGGACAGCCCAAAGUACUGGACUCGAGGAUCCUACAACGACUGGUUUGGCGAGAUGGCCGGCAGCCGAUUAAUCAUUGAACGAUUCGCAAAUAUCACAGAGGGAAGCGUAAACGGUGUUCGAGCCCCGUAUCUCCGGGUUGGUGGAAAUGUACAGUUUGACAUGAUGGAGGAUCAAUUUUUCUUGUAUGAUUCUUCGAUCACUGCCCCGUUGGGUCGUGUUCCCAUCUGGCCCUACUCCCUGCUGUACAGAAUGCCGCACAAAUGUCACGGAAAUGCGCAAAAUUGUCCGAGUAAAGCACACAAUAUCUGGGAGAUGCCGAUCAAUGAGCUGGACAGACGAGAUGAUCCCACCUUUGAUGAGAGACUAUCUGGAUGUCAUCUUGUGUCCUCUUGUUCUAAUAUCUAUGACCGGGAUCAGUUUGGCCGAAUGAUUCGUCAUAACUUCAAUCGUCAUUAUCAAACAAACAAAGCUCCUCUCAGUCUUAGCUUCGAUUCAUCAUGGCUUUCGGGAAACCCUGGAUUUUCUCGAGAACUUGCUAAUUGGAUGGAUGAGGUUCUUACUGAACAUAAUGAUGUUUACUUCGUUACUGAACUGGAGGUCCUGAAGUGGAUGUGGACUCCUACAGAUCUGGCUGGACUACGAGAUUUUGUAGACUGGCAGGAGAAAUGUGAUGUCAAGGGACAGCCCCUGUGUUCCCUAUCCAACCCCUGCCCCUUAACUACCAGGGAACUACCCGGAGAAACACUUCGUCUUCACACCUGUAUGCAGUGUCCAACUCACUAUCCCUGGAUUCUAGAUCCUACAGGAGAUGGGUUCAAUUUCUAGUAGAUACCCAUAUGGACUAAUUUCUAGUAGAUUCCUGAUAUGCUCUAACUUCAGAUGGAUUCCACAACUGACAAUAGGAAUCUUUAUGAUUUAAAUGGGUUAAUUUCAUUGAUGUAGAUUCUUCUUUGGAACUGAUUUAAUUUCGAGUAGAUUGCUCCACUGGAGUUAAAAUCAAAAUCUCUCCCGUGGCCUUAGUUCGUCCAAAAAGCUACGGAGG